UGGGCCUUGGGCCUUAAUGGAUGGCUGAAUAGCCAUUGGUAGGUUUGAUGUUGUUGUUUAGAGCCAUUGGGCUUUGGACUUAGUGGCCCAAUUGAGAAUCAAUUGGGAGCCCAAACAACAUGCCCCCCAGACCCGGUCCAUUUAGAAUUAAAUGGGUGGGUUUCCAGCUGUCAGAAGUCUGAAAGUUCCCUCUCUUUUUUGAAAAGGGAUGAUUUGCAUUGAUGACAAGUGUUGGGAGUUGUAUUGUGCCGUGGAGAUCGUGGGUUGAGGAAGUUGAUGCGCCCCUUUUCUUUUCUAUAAAUACGGGGUGCAUUGCUCUUUUCGAACUUUUUACUCCUUCUUUCAGACCCUUUCUCUCUCUAAAUUCCGGCGAUCGCAGUGCAAUUUGCUUCUUCAGAUCUACGAAAUUCGGCCAACUUUAGACUUCGGGAACUUGUGUUGUUCGUUUUAUCGGCGAAUUCCGCUUCGGAAAAAGGUAAUUUGUUUCUGAAUUCUCCUUUUUUCUUCGUUUUUCCUUCUACCCCUCAAUCUCAACCCUAGACCGAGAAUUCGCGGCCAUGGCAAAGAAUAGGGGCAAGAGCAAGUUCGUCGUUGGCUCCUCUAGUGAGAGGGAGAACGUGCCCUGGGGAAGGUUACCGAAAACUUCGAGGGGUCGGCCUUCAGAGAGGCCAGUGGAGAGGCGUUCGACUGGUUGGGAUGCUUCGAAAGAUGAUGUUGUUGGCGGGUCUAGCGUGUCUGAACGCGCAACUUCUGGUAAAAAGGCUGGCUCUUCGGGUGUGCGCCGCUCCUACCCUGAGUUUCCAGUUCAUUGGACUGAAGCUGAUCCGCAGGGCAAGUAUGCCCCGAUUCUGCAUGAGACCACUAAGAUCGAUGGUCCCUUGGAAAAAUCGGUCAGUGGUGACUGGUUGGUGGAGGCGAAGCUGGGGCAUUACCAUCGGAGGGCCGAAGAGUUAUACGGAAUCCAGCACGCCUUGGGGUACUGGUGCGAGCUUCCCGACCAGGAGCGUCCUCGGGUGACUCAUCCGCCGAGGGGGUUCAUCUCUGUGUAUACUCAUCAUUUGGAGAACGGCCUCCGCUUUCCUUUGGAUCCCUUCGUAUCCGAGCUCCUGGUGUCGUACAACAUCAGUUUGGCCCAGCUUACCCCCAAAUCUAUGAGGCACAUCAUCGGAUUUAGAUGGGUGUGCGAUUUUAUUAACUUUCCAUGCUCUGUUGCCGUGUUUCGGGAUCUGCACGAUCUGUCUUUCAACCACGCUUCCAAGGGGGAUGGGUAUGGUUGGUGGACCAUUAUCAACAAAAGAUCCCGAAGAAAGGGGGAGCCGAACUAUAUUACGGCCUACCCUUACCUCAGCUCUGAUCAUAACUGGAAGACGGAGUGGUUGUUCGUCCGUGUGCCGACAGAUCCGAAGCAUCCACAUUUUUACCGCCCUCCGAAGUGGUUUGUGACUCCUGAUCCUGAUAUGCGAAGCGUGGCUGCUCCGGAUCGGAACCAUCACCACUACGUGGAUCUCCUCCAGUGGUUUUUGGCUCGGGAGGACAACUACAAAUUGCCGUCGAACUGGCUCCCGAACCUCAACUAUAUCUUGCGGGAGGACAUUCUUGCUGUUGCCGGUCUCAGCAGGAUUUUUGACAGGGAGUACGGCUUUAGCUGCGUUGAUCCUGUGGUCUUGGGUAUUUCUUUGGAUCUGAAGACCAUUCACGACUCGGCCCCUGAUUAUAAGUUCGGGAAGGAGAAUCCUCGUAAUCCUCGUUUGAAGGAUUACGUGCUGUCUCCGUCGGGUGUUGCUCGGAUAUCUGAAGUUCGAGCUGAUCCGUGGGAUUCUGCCUCUUCUCCCGAAGCUGUUCCAGUGAAAGUCGUGCUCCCUGAUUUGAGGACAACCUCGGAUCCGGAUCAGCGCAAAAGGAAGAGCAGCACUCUUUUGAGGCCUUCUGCGCAUCCGAAGAAGGCGAAAGCUGAUCAGUCUUCGGAGAAGGAAGUGGUUUCGGAAGUCAUGCCUCCUCCCAAAAACCUCCUUCACUUCAUGCCCUUGCCCGGGCAGAAGUUGAAGAGUGUGGUGGUUGUGGAACCGCCUCCCGUGGACCAACCGCUGGCUGAGGAAGAUACCAUCCCUUCUCCGCUGAAGCCGUCUGCUGCUUUAGGGAUCGAGAUCCAGGAUAUAACCAAGGUGAUGGAGGCAAUUGAACUCGGUUGA